UUACGGUGGUCUCAUUGUUGGAAAGCUGCUUAUCAAAAGAAUAAAAUGAGUGCGACGCUAGUCAGCAUCGCAGAAGAGGAUUUUUUCGGCACUGUUAUUCGUUACGGAUUAUACGUGGGUGCCAUAUUUCAGAUGGUUUGUCUUGCCGCUUGCAUUGUGCUCCCCGAUGGAGGGGCAGACGGCUUGAACGGUUCCAAGGCAAACGAUAGCGAAGAUUCGAGCUCCGAGCAUUCGUCUCCCCAAAAUACACCUAGGCGUCCGUAUCACCGAAGCCGUAAACAGGAUAAGAAGAAGAGACGUUAAAUUCGCGCAAAGUUCAUUAUAAUUAUUUUUUUAUUAUAAUUUUCAUACUUUGCACAUUCAUUUGCAACUGUAUCAACUAAGGGUAACUACUUUUAAAA